CGACAGCAGUUAAGGGAGAUUCGCCGGCACCAGAAGCCAGGCGCCAAGAGUUGCAUCCUUAAGCCACGCUGAAGGCCUGAAGAAGAGAGAAGGAAGCGGAGAAGGGCCGGGAAGGCGGGGCCAGGAGGUGCAGAGAUCCCCUCCUAUAAGGCAGAAACCGCCGCCGCCAUCGGAGAGCUCAGCUCCGGCUGCUCGGCUGCUCGCCUGCUCGCUGUCGCUGCCGCGCGAGCCCGCUGUCCCCAGCCAUGCCGGGCGCCGCCGCCGCCGGGGGACAGGUCCCCUUCCGCGACGCCAAGGAGGAAAUCCGUGUGGGCUUCGGGCUCCAGGGCUCAGAGGGCGGCGGCGGCCGGCGGCAGGACGUCGUCUGGAGGAACGUCUUCCUGAUGACCCUGCUCCACCUGGGGGCCGUGUACUCCCUGGUGCUCAUCCCCAAAGCCCAGCCGCUCACUCUGCUCUGGGCCUACUUCUGCUUCCUGCUGACUGCUCUGGGGGUGACGGCUGGAGCCCAUCGCUUGUGGAGCCACAGGUCCUACAAGGCCAAGCUGCCUCUGAGGAUAUUUCUGGCUGCCGCCAACUCCAUGGCUUUCCAGAACGACAUCUUCGAGUGGUCCAGGGACCACCGCGUCCACCACAAGUACUCAGAGACCGAUGCUGACCCCCACAACGCCCGCCGGGGCUUCUUCUUCUCCCAUAUCGGGUGGCUGUUUGUCCGCAAGCAUCAGGAUGUCAUCGAGAAGGGGAGGAAGCUUGACGUCACUGACCUGCUGGCUGACCCUGUGGUCCGGUUCCAGAGAAAGUACUACAAGAUCACCGUGGUGCUCAUGUGCUUUGCGGUCCCCACACUGGUGCCCUGGUACAUCUGGGGAGAGAGUCUGUGGAAUUCCUACUUCCUGGCCUCCAUCCUCCGCUACACCAUCUCACUCAACGUCACCUGGCUGGUCAACAGUGUUGCCCACAUGUAUGGAAACCGGCCCUAUGACAAGCACAUCAGCCCUCGGCAGAACCCGCUCGUUGCGCUGGGCGCCAUCGGUGAAGGCUUCCAUAACUACCAUCACACCUUUCCCUUUGACUACUCUGCAAGUGAAUUUGGCUUAAAUUUCAACCCAACCACCUGGUUCAUUGACUUCAUGUGUUGGCUGGGGCUGGCCACUGACCGCAAACGGGCCACCAAGCCGAUGAUCGAAGCUCGGAAAGCCAGGACUGGAGAGGGCAGCGCCUGACUCUGGAACCGCCAUCCGCGUCUGCCGUGGGCACCUCGGUUCGUGGCCUUUGGAUCGCGGGAGGGGGUACAGGGUGGGGAGGGAACGGAAUCUACGUGGCUUGGGAAUGUUUUGUUUGUCUCAUAAUAAUGUCAAGAUACAACUCUCAAUGAAAAGAGUUUUUUAAAAGUCAGCGUAACUACGAUUUAACAGUAGAACCUGGACAUACGAUUUAAUCUCUGUAGGUACAGUACGUCAAACAUAGAUGAUCACGUGCUUGUACGAGAUGGGAACCCUGACAGGAGAGCCUUUGUUUUCUGUUUCUACCAAUUAACCCAACAUCAUUUUUAAACAGACUAUGUGAAGGAGCAGAGAGGUGGAGUAGAAGACAAAAGAGAGGGUCUCAGAACAUUCUCAGUAAAGAAUGUUUCUGUUUUGUAAUUAUUGCGUGUGUGUGUUGCUGUUGUUUUUAAGGAAGAGAAUUGAAAACAUAAAAAAACGAGAAUACAGGAAAUGGCUCUCUUAUUUUUUUGCCCUGUUUCCAGCUUGUUAAUGCUCCACUGUCUUUGCUUCAGAGAUCUGUUCACUGCUCAGCUAGUUGUGUCCCGAGCUGUACGCCCUGCUGGCCCUAUAAAUCAGUGCCUGUUUUAAGUGUUUGAUUUUGUUCUCUUUGCUUUGUCAUUUUAAGGUGUAUAAUUCAGAAGUGCCAGACAUCAGAUUAAGCUCAAGUGAUUUAAAUGUUUAGACACCUAAUUUAUAUCCUAAUUGAUCCCAGCCACUGAUGCAUGUACUUUACCUACUUCUGCUAAAUAAGCAUAUUAAUUUUCCACACCAGGCCAUCAGAUCUUAAUAACCAACAGUUAUCUAGAACUCAGUGUCUACAAAUGUUUCACCUGCAUGCAGCCUUCAUUGAUUUUGCAGCAAGACAUAAAAUGAUCAUUAUGUAGCUUGUGGAUUUAAGAAAAUUUGUGUGUUAAGUUGCCUUGUAAAGAGCAUGUCAAAUUACUGGGAUAGUGUGCCCUUUGUGUUAGACGUUAGAGCAAAAGAAAACCUCAUAGUUUUGGCAUUAGCGCACUUCGAUCAUAGAGCUUCAAAGAUAGGGAAGAUGUAGGGUUUAAAUUUAAAUUUUAAAUUUUUGAAAAAGAAGUGAUGCCAAUAGAAGAUUGUCAUAAUAAAGUUCUUCAUCCAGCAGGUGUUUAGCAGUGUUAUUUUUGCCAUUUAUAAUGUGUAA